UUCUACUAAUAUCUCGACGAUCUCGAGAAGUUGGCGAGAACUUUCGCUGAUAUCCGGUCUCGACUGGACUUCCGGUAUUCACAGUAGGCAGACCGAGACCGUGCGUCAGUCUCCAACGAAUGUCGUGAUUCAACCUCGCUCCGUUUACGUCUCAUUGUAGCUCUCUCGGCUGAUGAUUAAGAAAAAAAGAAAGUCUACCACCUAACCUAACCCACACCUAACAAAGCACCGGCUACGAUCAAAAACGGAUCUAACCAGCAGAUGUCUGCUUUCCAUCGAGGUCAUCUUGAAAGUUUUCACAACUUUUUGCAAUUUCUGGAUACAUAGAAUGAUGUUUAAGGAAAAAUCUGAUGCUAAUUGCCAGAUCAUUUUUGAUGUUCCAUUCACCCUGUAGAAAGUGAAACACAAACAGGGGAUGAAACGUGGAACCUUUAAUCUUUAUCGAAACUCGUCGAUUCGAUUCUUCGGUGAGUUCUUUCUACGAACUCUCUCUUUUGUUUCUGCAAAAUACGUCAAAGAAUUUGAAUUCUUCUUUUUCACCAUGUGACGAACGAAUCGACGAGACUGGCAAGGGUUUUUGGUGAAAGCCGACGACCCCGAGAGGGGAGAGUAUAUAGGCUGCGUUUCGUUUCUGGUGAGCUCACAACGAACUAACUCGUCGGCGUGUGUCGUCCGUUACGUUUCUAUUAAUCGACCUAUCGGCACCCGGGAUUCCCUUUCGUUCAUAUCUUUCGUCAGCCUUUGUGAACGACGUCGAAGAAAACCGAGCUGCGACCAUCGAAUCAUAAGUGCCAAGUGUGUGUGCCAAUAGGAUUAUAAUCCAGCUACCCUGUCGUCCAAGGAAGAAAAACGAAGAGAAAAAGCAGAGAGGACACUCGCAUGAUGGAGAGGACGCGGCGGAGUAUACGGAAGACAACUUUAAUCUUGUUGCUGCCUUUGCUAUUAGCUAGGGUAAAAUGCGAAGCUCCAUUGGUCGACAGCAGUGCGUUACCAUUGGAACACAGAUCGGUUUAUGGGCCACCGGCACAAUAUGGCCCACCAGCGACUCACGGGGCCGAAGAGAAUUGGCCACUGGCGUCUCCUGAUACUCCUCAGAUAAAACAUCUGCAAGUGCAAUGCGAAAAGACGCACAUGCGAGUGAACAUCGAAUUCGACAGGCCGUUCUACGGAAUGAUCUUCAGCAAAGGCUUCUAUUCGGACCCUCAUUGCGUUCAUUUGAAACCUGGCACGGGUCACUUAAGCGCGACGUUCGAGAUCUUCUUGAACUCUUGCGGCAUGAGCUCAUCGGCUAACCACAACGUGGCGGCUUAUGGGGCACCAACGCCGUCCGGUAGCUACGUGGAGAACACCAUAAUUGUUCAGUACGAUCCGUACGUGCAGGAAGUUUGGGAUCAGGCGAGGAAGUUGCGUUGUACCUGGUACGACUUCUACGAGAAAGCGGUCACCUUUAGGCCCUUCCAAGUGGACAUGCUCCACGCUGUUACCGCCAACUUCCUCGGUGACAAUCUUCAGUGCUGGAUGCAGAUCCAAGUGGGCAAAGGACCAUGGGCCAGUGAAGUGUCUGGUAUAGUUAAGAUCGGACAAACCAUGACCAUGGUGUUGGCCAUUAAAGACGAUGAGAACAAGUUUGAUAUGUUGGUGAGGAACUGCGUAGCCCAUGAUGGCAAAAGAGCACCCAUUCAGCUGGUAGACCAGUACGGUUGCGUUGUCAGGCCGAAGAUUAUGUCCAGGUUCCAGAAGAUAAAGAACUUCGGACCAAGCGCGUCUGUUGUCAGUUUCGCCUACUUCCAGGCCUUCAAAUUCCCUGACAGCAUGAACGUUCACUUCCAAUGUGUCAUACAAGUGUGUCGUUACAAUUGUCCCGAACCGAAAUGUGGACAUCCUGGUCCAGAAUACGGCGCACCUGCCGCUGGUCUUACCCAGGAAUACGGUCCACCGGUGCAUCAGAAUCUUGGCCCGGAAUAUGGAGCACCACCAGUACCUGAAUACGGUAUACCACCCGGGUUUGCCGAUCCUCGACACCCAAGUGGACCAGCUGGAGCGUACAGUGAACCAAACGCGGAUGUAGUACCAGCACCCCAAGCGCAAACCUCAUCCUCCUCUCCCAGUUCGACGCCAGGCGACGCGACGGCUAGCAGCUCGCCACAAAGUCCGCAGGAUAACAUUCACCUUCCUCCACCUCCACUUCCUGGUCACCCAGCAGCGGCCUACCAGACCGUGAAGAGGAAGGGAACCGCUGGUUCCGAGGAGCUCGAGGGUAACCUGGCCACCCUCGGAGGUCGGCCGAGAUCGGUCGAAGGUUUUCCAGCCGAGCUUAGGGGCGCCAGAAGGCGAAGGUCAGACGAUCAGGAACUUCUGGAUGACGAUGAUUCCAGUAUCUAUCGAACGGUCACCUUAUUCUCCACUCACGUGUACAAACGAGCAGCCCAAGAGAUGACCGACGUGAACACCUCGAGGACGAUUCAAGUAGUUGCCCCGGGUGACGUGAACUUUGCCCUGGGCACAACGAACACCAGCAACGAUACAACUGUGGUCAUUCAAAACGCCAGCGCGCCCGCCGAUCCCGAAACGAUUUGCAUGAGUUUGCCAGGUUUCGUCGGCGGUCUGGUGAUGCUUCUGUUGGUGGUGGUUGUCGCCUCGCUGGUCGCGGCGUUCCUCUUUGUCAGGGUGCGCGCUGUCGACCGGAAAAACGUCGGUGUGGCCGGAAGUGGCUUCGUACAUCCGGCUUACGCAACGGAGAACUGCAGUAUGCCGAAUCCGGAAUUCGUGAAAGUGGCCAACUGAGAGAUCGCGAGAUACUGGGACUCGGUGAAGAACCAUAGAAAGCGAUUUCUCGAGGAUGGCCGAUCACGAGGAUCAACCUGUGCUUGGAAUUGUUUAUUUCAUUUUCACGCUCGAGGUUACCUCGAACAUUCUUUUCGUUCUCUUUCGUCGUUCUUUCGAUCUGUCCUUUCCUCCUUCAUCCCAGCCUCAUCUCUUUCAGAUUAAAAACUCAAUCGAACACGUGAUCUUUACCGACCGAGUCUGCUUCGAAGAACGGGCAGAAUGUUCGGGUACCGUGUAAAUAAACGCAGUAGAAAAGCGAUUCAGCAAGCGAGAAAGAGAGAGAGAAAAAGAAAAAGGAGAACGAAUCAAAGAAUAGCUAGAACGAAGAUGUUGGAGCACGUUCCACCUGUUUGUUAGUCCUUUCACCGUUACGGGGGCCAUGCACGCGACGUUAUUUCGACAAACUUUUAAUUGCAACUCAUUCGAGAAACUUUUUGAUAUGUUAUACUUUUAAUACUUCUUAAAGCUCGGAGUGUAAUACACGACGUGUAACACGGGUGUAAACUCGAGAAAAAUAAAAAGAAAUUUCAUUUCUUGGAUCACGGUGGAACGUGCUUCAACAUUGUACGUUUCGAACCGGACUUCGUGAUACGUCGUGAUCGUUGUUAGGAACAAAGAUAGCUUAAUCACGGAGUAAAUGAAUAAAAAAAAAGAAAUCGCGAUGUGUUACGAGACGAAGGUUCGUCGGCGAUCGCCAGAGCAAUCUCGGAGGGCAUUGUAAAUAAGCCGGAAGUAGUCAGACGGCCCUUCAAGACCCGCGAGUUUCAAUCACACAAUUGUGUACACUCGAUUAUUUAUGUUUGUUUGUAUACAACGAAAGGUAUUCCCUUUUUUUUCUUUCUUCCCAUCAUCGUACCUCAUGCCUUUUCGUGUCGUCUUUAAAAAUCGUGAUGACGAUGAUCGAAGACGAUUUUAUUUAUUCUUCUUCUUUAUUACAUUUUUUCUAACUACCCUUUCGAUCGAUCUAACCCUUAAUUUAUUUAUCAAAAUUUUCUUUCGCGACGAUAGUUUCUCUUCUUCCACGUUUUUUUUUUUUUUUCAUUCUUUCUUAGUUCUUCUUACCUUUCCCUCGCUUAGUAUUUAAGCAAAUAUUCCUCGAACAGGGGAAUAUGUUCGAAGUAUGUGUCUUAAGCACACAACAGGACACGCAUACAUAAUUGUACACUUUGUGUUGGACGUGAACGUACUUAUACACGAAUGGUGCACGUGUGCGUGAGUUACAAUUUGUAUACACUGUUAUGAUGGCGCGAGGAAUGUAUACACUAAGACAAGAUUUGAUUAUUUCAUAAUUAUUUUAAUUACAUACUCAUUUUUAUUUAUACAA